AUGGACUUCAACUCGUCCCAAAAUGGCACCGUGGCAGUCGACGACCCCUCGUCGGACCUCAUCUUCAUGGUCACGCUCUUCCGAGACCCCCCCUCCGCUCGCUACUCGGCCUUCGCGGCCCUCCUCCUCAUCUACGCCUUCACGGUGGCUGCCAACGCGAUGCUGGGCCUGGUCAUCUACCUCGAGUCGAACCUCCACCGGCCCAUGUACGUCCUCAUGGCGCUGCUGGCGAUCACCGACGUCGUGGAGUCGACCACCGCACUGCCGAGGAUCAUGGCCAACCUCGUCGCUUCGAAUCUCAUCCCCAUUCCCGAGUGCAUUGCACAAAUGUUCUUCUACCACGUAACCAUCAGGGUGCAGUCGUUAAUCCUCACCACCAUGUCCGUGGACCGCUACGUGGCCAUCGUCCACCCGCUGCGCUACCACUUGAUCAUGUCCAACUCCCUGGUCUUCAAGGCCUUCCUGGCGACCGUGGCGCUUGCGGGACUGCCGAUCUUCGGCUACGUGGCCGUGGUGGUGCGCCUCAACUACUGCCGCAUGAAGGUCACCUCCUCGCCCAACUGCCACAGCAGUAUGCUCCUCAACCUGUCGUGCAGCGACCCCUACCCCAGCGUAAUUUUCAACUACAUCAACAUCACCACGGGAAUCAUCUUGCCCCUCCUCAUCGUCGUCCUCAUGUACCUGCUCAUCCUGCUCGAGUGUCGCAAGCCGCAUUUGCGAGAGGGCAAGGGUAAGGCCAUCCACACGUGCGUCACGCACAUCUUCGUGAUCACCGUCUUCUUCAGCUCCAUCCUCUUCACGUUCGUGAGUGGCCUCAAGCUGCAGACCUCCAUCCCUGGGGACCUGCGCUCCCUGCAGACCCUCCAGUACGUUCUGCCGCCAGUGCUCAACCCGGUCGUCUACGGCCUCCGCACGGCCGAGAUCCGACGCGCUUUGGCCAGGCGCCUUGUCGGGCGUGUGGUGCCCGGUGAAUCCAAGAUGCUGCGGUCUUAA